GCAACCUCACCCUGUCCUCUCCAUCUCAGCUCGCACCCUGCCACGCAACAACAAUUGCACGUCGCAGCUCUAUUCAUAAUCCACAUAAAGCACUACGUGCCCCAUCAAACCUCUAACAACCUCCUCUCCCCACACACGACAUCAUGGCUCAAUCUGGGUACGUACCGCCUGCCAAACACUACACCGCCCAAUAGCUCUCCGCCCCCUUCGCCAUCUCCUGAUCGCGCGACCCCACAACGACGGAGGUCUCCACGUGCAUGCACCCACUAACACCACCCAGUGUUUCCGUCAGCCCUGAGUGCAUCAGCACCUUCAACGAGCUCAAGCUCGGUAAGGACAUCAAGUGGAUCAUCUACAAGAUCAGCGACGACUGGAAAGAGAUUGUCGUUGAGGAGAGCUUCCAAGAGGGCCAACUUCGAGGUCUUCCGCGAGAAGCUCCUGAACGCAAAGAGCAAAAGACCGCAAGGGCAAGGAGGGCAUCGGCGGCCGUUAUGCCGUAUUCGAUGUCGAGUACGAGCUCGAGUCUGGCGAGGGCACUAGGAACAAGAUUACCUUCAUCAGCUGGGUACCCGAUGAUUCGCCGCAAUACCCCCGCAUGAUGUACUCGUCCUCCAAGGAAGCCAUCAAGCGCGCCCUCAACGGUCUCGCAGCCGAUAUCCAAGCCAACGACGCCGACGACAUCGAGUGGGAGACCAUCAAGAGCCGUGUUUCCAAGGGCCGCUAAGCGUCUUGUCGCAUUGUCGUUUUCGCGAAAAAGCUAGCUUGGAUGCUGAAUUUGAGCGGCACGAUGUAACGAGCGAAGCUCGGUUGUAGCAGAAGAUGCGGAGGGCACGAAACAUGAUAACACACUAGUUGGAGAGAAGUAGUGCUGCCGGUCUCUUUUGCAACCUCGAGCCACACGUGUUUUUGGCAAGCGAUUGAGAACGAGAAAUUGCAUUAAUGAACAUCCAUUGGUAUCAUGA